AUGAGCUCAUCAUAUCAUUCAAACGAUCCUACUUGGAGCCCAACCACUUCAUCUAAGCAGGCCAACAGUGAUGCCGGUGGAUAUAACUAUCAGUAUCGAGACGGUAGACGAUACCAUGCACAACAGGACGUUGCGUAUGUGUUGCCCAAUGACGAUGAUGAAGUGGAUCGUGUUCAUCAACAACAUUGGAUUUUCCGUUAUGCUUUUCAGUGUAACUUCCACGCGCCUGUGACAAAGAUGCUAGAAGAAGGUAUCACGGUGCUUGACUCAGGUUGCGGUCCUGCGACUUGGACCUUUGAGAUUGGCGAAUCUUAUCCUCGGUCCAAGAUCUAUGGUGUAGACGCCUCUUGCGUCUUUCCCGAAGACAUCAAACCAGCCAACGUAGAGUUUGCUAUUGGCAAUAUUGCCAAGCGUAUUCCAUACGAAGACAGCAUGUUUGACUAUGUACAUCAACGUCUGCUCUUCCUUGGUUUGACAGAUGAAGAUUGGACUAAUGCAUUGAAAGAGCAUUACAGGGUCUUAAAGCCAGGAGGAUACAUUGAAAUGGCCGAGCCCGAUUUAAGCAACAUGGGAAAGGCUGGUCCUGCUUUAGCUACUUUAAUAAAUACAUUCCAGAAAGGAAUGGAGAGUCGUGGUAUGCGAAUCAACAGUGGUGCAGAACUUGAAGGUCGCUUACGCGAAGCUGGUUUUGAAAACAUUGUGGUGAAAAACCUUUCAAUUCCUGUGAACCAUGGAGGCAAAAUCGGUGAAUUGCUUUGGCAAGAUUAUAGACACGCUUUUAUGAAUGUGAAGCCUGUUUUGUCAAAGACAAAUCCUGAGUUUGAAAAUCAAGAAGUAUAUGAAGCACAUUUGAACAAGUGUGGUGAAGAAGCCAGACGCAGUCAAGCUCAUUUGGGUUGGUACGCAGUUUAUGCUCAAAAGCCUGUUUUUAGCGAACAAUAA